AUGGGUGUCACGCUCCCGAACGAGGUCUGGAUGUUGAUCGCGGAUUUCCUUCCUCGAAUGCCCGACGAACCUCGAUGGCAGCCAUGGAUCCGGUAUCGCCGCGUCAACCGAAUGUUCAAGACCGCAAUCGAGAAGCACUACAUAAAGCAUUAUCUGGAACGGACAUCACUGCAGCUGGACUGCGGAAGCUCUGAGUUUCAACUGAAUGAGGAAUAUAGUUUCGGUCGCUUCGCCGAUGAGCCCCACAACCGAAAGGCCGUCCUGGUCAGUAACGGCAUUAUUCACCAGAAACCCACCUCGACGUUCAGUCAACGUCAGGAUCAGAUUGACAAACUCCGUUUGAAGUUCUGCGAACGUGGAUAUCACCCAUUUAUGGUCAUGUUUGUCGAGAAUGGGGUGACGGACAUGCUUCCAAUGGACCUCGAAUUCGGGUCUAUCGAAUCCACUGUCCCUGAGAGAUCUGGUGAGUACGACCGAAUUUGUGUCUUCGACUGGCGGACCUAUUUCUGCACUUUGUUUGACGAGCUUCACCGGAUCGACCGGGCUCGUGAGUCUGGGGUUAGCAACCAGAUCCAGUUAGCAUAUGAGCUCAGCCGUCGUUUUCCUUUCAACACUCAGACCCGAGCCGAAGUCGUCCUCGCGGCUGGAACCCCGAACGUCGGUAGAGACGGUCGAUUGUUGCAAAUCCGUCGGCGUCGACGAACUCGAUUGGGCUUUCUAUCCGAUCAAAUAGAAUGGAGGCAUGUACAACCAUCCCUGGUUUUUAAGGAGCGGUUUGCAAAACUAGACGAGGAGUAUUUAGCCAGAAAGCUUCUCGAAAUUCAGCAUAAGCGUGUCAAGCAAGGACGUCCUAUUGAGUGGUAG